AUGCGGUCGUCACUCCUUUACUCUGUCCUUGGCCUCGCCACAGGCUCAACCUUUGCCCGCCAUGUCCACCAGAUGCGGGCAGAUUUCAACUCUGCGGCCCUCCCGCAAGCCCACUCCGCUCGUGGUCUUCCGGCCGCAGACGGCAAGAAGGGUGUUCUCCUCAUGAACCGCAUCGGCCCCUCUUCGUCUGAACUCUACAUCGCCAAUGCGGACGGCACGAACGAGCGUAAGCUCCUCGGAAACAGCUCCUCCUUCGAGUACCACGCCUCCUUCUCGCCGGACGGUCAAUGGGUCGUCUUCACGACGGAGCGCAACGGCGACGGCAACUCUGACCUGUACAGGUGCCGUGUAUCUGCCGCGGCCAACGGGACUUGCUCGGACUUGGAGAAGCUCAUCGCCACACCGUCUGUCGAGGAUGCCGGUGCGCUCUCUCCCGAUGGGACCCAGCUCGCCUUCGUCUCGACCGAGAACGGCUACAAGACCAACAUAUGGGUCCAGGACCUGGCCACCGGAGAGAGGCGCAACCUCACCAACACCGCCGAGAUCGCUGGCGACCCGUUGUUGCCGGAUGGAUACUUCCGCCCCAGCUGGUCUCCUGACGGCGAAUGGAUCGCCUUCGCCUCGGACCGCAACACGGCAUGGCGUGGUCACGGCAACGGAACCGGUUGGGAACACACGCAGGAACUCUCCGUCUACGCCAUCCGCCCUGACGGCACUGGCUUCCGCGAAGUUGCGACAAAGUCCGGAUACUGCCUCGGCUCCCCGAAGUGGUCUACGGAUGGCAAGCGCGUGGUAUACUACGAGAUCACCGUCGAGGACACAUGGAACGCCCAUCGACCCGAGUCCGUCGCCGCUGUCACCUCCGCGAUCGUCUCCGUCGACUUUGAGACUGGAACUGAUCGUGUUGAGCAUGCGUCUGGCUCCGGCCUUAAGAUGUUCCCCCAGUGGUUGUCUGGGGAAACGGAUGCCACCGAUGACAUCGCGUACUUGAUCAAGGGCAACGAUAACGAGGGCUACAACUACACUUCCGGCGCGACAGCCGCCGUCAAGGCCGCCAUCCGCUCCCCGGCUUGGUCCCCUGAUGGAAAGUUCGUUGUCUACGAGAAGGUCGGCUUCACCGCGCGUGCUCAGGAGAAGCCCCUUUACAGCUGGGAUGAGGACUGGGAGUACCGAUCCACGGACGUCUUCCCCCAGCUUUCUCUCCAGGGUCGCCUCGUCAUCACGCAGAAGCAGCUCGGCAACUCCUCCAUCGUCUCCAUGAACCCCGACGGAAGCGAUCUCAAGCUCGUCUUCGACUCCUACUCCACCGGCGAACUCGACUCCGCCCUCGUCGCGAAGGGUCUUGCCGGCGCUUUCCAGCCUGCCUGGUCUGCUGACGGAGAGUGGGUUGUCUUUGGUCUUGGAUCCUGGUUCCAGUCCCGCGCCACCGGCAAGGCCCGCGUCUACCGCGCCACCUCCAACGGAAGCUACUAUGAGGCUUUGACCGACGGCACCGUCCACUCCGGUUUCCCCAGCUACUCCCCCGACGGGCGCUACGUCGCCUUCCGCGAGUGGGGUCUCCGCUACGGCAUCCGUAUCCUCGACCUCGAGACCCGCGAGGUCCGCAGCCUGACUAACGCCACGGACAACCUGCCCUUCUGGUCGCCCGACGGCGAGCGCCUCGUCUUCACCCGCAAGGUGAGCUCGACCAACUUCGACGUCGCCACCAUCCGUCCCGACGGCACGGACCUGCAGAUUCUCACCUCCAGCGGCGCCAACGACGCCCACGCCGUCUGGACCGCCGACGGCAGGAUCCUGUACUCAAGCGGCAUGUACGGCUUCCGUGACGAGGCCGCCAUCUACGACCAGACUUUCCAGCCGUACGGGCAGAUCAUUGUCAUGGAUGCUGACGGAUCCAACAAGCGCAUGUUGACGGACAGCUUGUGGGAGGAUUCCAUGCCGCUCUACGUGCCCAAUGAGUUCCUGGUCUAG